UGCCAAACAUAAUACAUACCAUGAAUAUUGUCAUUAAUUCUGUGAACAAACUGCUCAAGGGGUGAUAACUACAACAACCAACAACUAGCAAAUUGUAAUCAAUAUUGCCAUGGAAAAUCUUAGUUUCCAUGUAAAUUGGUUUAAGAUUUGUAUCUUUUCUGCUAUUUGUUUUAUACUAGUAAACAAAUAUGUUGUGCUGUUAUUUCCAGCGCCACCAAAAUUUAUUGAUAAGUGGAAGAAAAUUUGGCUUUGGAAAAAUAUUUUGACAUCGUUCAUUCAUUCGUGUUUGAGCUCAGCGCUGGCCUUUUACAGCUUGUACUCUAGUCCCGCUAUGCUCAAGGAUAUGCUGUACACAUGGAACUCUUUAGCGUAUUGUACACUCUCUCUAUCAAUGGGUUAUUUCGUUUAUGAUCUGAUGAACUUAAUCAUCAAUGACUUAGGGAGAGGUCUUUGUGUUAUCAUACAUCACAUUUUAGUCAUAUUCAUCUUCUAUUUAAGUGUUUCACACAAGAAAUACAUUCCUUUUGCUUUAUGUGCUCUUCUCAUGGAGAUAAACAGUAUAUUUCUUCAUUCUCGACGUUUAUUGAACAUGACUGAUGCAGACCCAGAUGGUUUAGCUCUCAAAGUUAAUCGUAUUCUACUCACAGUAACAUUUGUCAUAUUUCGGCUUGUUGCUUGCAGUUGGAUGGUCACUUUUAUUGUUGCACAGAGACAUUUUAUUAGCCAAUUGCAUUUUCAGUUUGGAAUAUUAGGUAUGAGUGUGGUUAUACCACAAAAUAUGUUUUUACUUAAGCAAGUAUGGACAAGUGAUGCCAAAAGGAUGAAACAACUGAGCCAAACAGAAAUUGAAAAGGCAAAGGAGCAAAAUGUAAAUAACAAUAGCCGUUUAGCAAAAGUGAAACAAUUUCUUCAGAUGACAAUUGAUCGUAGUGCAGAAUAAUAAUACGAAAAGUAUUUUCCCUCUAUAUGCUCCAGGUGGAAAUCUGACACUAUAUUUCUUCUCAUAUUUCCAUCAUUUGAUGGUUAAACUUUUCAAACUUCCUUUAUUUUUAGUAUGAAAUACAUUCAACAAUCAUUACAACCAUAAA